UUUACAUCCAACCAAUCAAACCAUAAUCUCAACACUAAUGAUGCUGUUUACACACUUUCCUCAACUUUAGGUAAUAAACCAAAGUCAAGUUUCAUUUUCUUUCCCACUUUUUUCACUAACUUUCAACAAUCACAACGCAACCUCUUCUUUCCAUUUCAACCAUUCCAUGGACCCUAAGUUCAUCGGAAAAUCACCGCCGGUAAUAAUCGACCUAGACCGCAUGCCGGAGCGUGGCUCCCACCACCGUCGCUCCCACUCCGACACUUCCUUCCGUUUCGCCGCCAACUUCGACGACCUUCUCCUCUUCGACCCCUCCGACUUCGACAUCUCCAACCUCCCUCUUCCGUCUCCUGUCUCCGACGCCGUCCCGAUGACGGUCGAUUCGGAUGAGUCCAACGGGAAGUCUAGUCACCUCCGGAGCUUGUCUGUGGAUUCUGAGUUUUUUGAUGGAUUAGGGUUUUCGGGAGGCGGUGAGGAGAAAGUUGAAGAGAGGAAGGUGAACCGUCAUAGGCAUAGUAAUUCGAUGGAUGGUUCUUCGGCGACGUCGUUUGAUGGCGAGUAUUCUGUGGGGAUGGUUGAUGGUGUGAAGAAAUCUAUGCCGCCGGAGAAGCUUGCUGAACUUGCUCUUAUUGAUCCUAAGAGAGCUAAAAGGAUUCUUGCGAAUAGGCAAUCUGCUGCUCGAUCAAAAGAGAGGAAAACUCGAUAUACAAGUGAGCUGGAGAGGAAGGUGCAAACGCUUCAAACUGAAGCAACUAACCUCUCUGCACAACUAACCAUCCUUCAGAGAGACACCACUGAUUUGAGUGCUCAGAAUAAGGAGCUCAAGAUGAAGUUAGAGGCUUUCGAACAGCAAGCACAGCUUAGAGAAGAUCUCAACGAAGCAUUGAAGAAAGAACUGCAACGCCUUAGGGCGCAGAAGAAUCAUUUGAUUGCCGUCACUGGCAAUCCUUCUUAUAAUGGGAUGUUCUCCCAAUUUUCUACACAAUUAACCAUGCAAGAUAUGAGUAAUCCUCAACCCCAGCAGGCACGAUCUGGCAUGCCGCCUUCUCGUUCCGAUCAACCUUUCAAUGGUCUUGGACGAUCUAACUUCAUGGACUUCAAUCAACAGAAGUAGCUUACAUACUAGCAUCAAAGUAAAUGAUUUGCUUACAUAAUAUGUUCUUCACGAGUAUAUCAUGUUGUGUAUAUAUGUAUGUAUUAUUACAUAUGUAUCUUGUGAAGGGUAUCAUUGUCUUUAGUCCUGUGUUUUUAUAUAUCUUCUACAGUUAUUUAUAUUCUAUAAUUUACUUUCUGUUAUUCUAUAGGUUAGAAGCACAUCCUUUGAGAUUUGUGUUACAGUUCUUCGGAGGAAACAUAGUUAACAUAAAGAUUUAAAGAACUAGUUGAUGAUAGAUGGUGGUUAUGGAACCACAUAACAUGUUGUAAAUGUUUGAAGUUGAAGCCAUCUUCUUUCUAUGCAUUUGGGGUCCAAUGAA